AUGGAUUGGCAACCUGAGGAGGAGGCAUUGAGCAAUUUGGCUCGUUUCCUUCGCGACUCACUCGUUGGAGGAAACAAUCCCGCUCGAGCUAAAGCUGAACAGAUGCUUGCGCAGGCGACGUCUUCACCCGACUACAUCAAUUACAUUACCUACAUCUUUUCCCACCCUCAAAGUCCUCCCUCGUCAGGGAUUCACGACAAUGAGUACCCUACCGUGCGAUUCGCUGCUGGCACGAACGUCAAGACGAAGAUUGCUCUUGCCUACGCCAUGAUAUCCCCUGAAAGUCUUGUCUACGUCAAGUCCGCAGCUUUGCACACUCUGCGCGACCUCGACCGCAACGUCUCAAGAACCGCCGGUAGUAUUAUCACCGAACUGGUGACUCGCGGAGGCUUGUUAGCCUGGCCUGAAAUCGUCAACGAGCUACUCUGUCUCGUUGGCAAUGCCACCGGAAAUGUUCCCAUGCCCGUGCGGGAAGCUGCGAUGGAUGCUCUGUUGAAGGUCUGUGAAGAUAACCGUCGGGUCCUGGACCGUGACUAUUCGGGUCAACGCCCUCUUGAUACAAUCAUUCCGAGCUUGCUGCAGUUCACUUCUAUCGAAAGCCCUAAAAUCCGGUCUACUGCCCUUACCGCCAUUCAUAUCUUCCUACCCUACAAGCCUCAGGCUUUGAUGGCCUCUCUUGAUCAAUUCCUGUCGCAGCUGUUCAGUCUAGCGGGCGAUCAGAACACUCGCGUCCGACAAAUGGUAUGCCAAUCGUUUUCUCAACUGGUAGAAUUCGCCCCAGAGAAGUUGGCCCCGCAUAUGGAAGGGUUAGUUGACUACAUUAUCAUUCAGCAGCAAUCUCAGGAUGAUCCAGAGCUUGCGCUUGAUGCCGCUGAAUUCUGGAUUGGUGCUGGUGAACAAGAUCGUUUAAAGGAUGAGCUGGCGCCAUACAUGCCUAAGAUUAUCCCGGUUCUCCUACAAAACAUGAUCUACGAUGAGGAAGAAGUGGCUCGCUUGAUGGAAGAGCAAGAUGAUGCCGAAACCGAGGAUCGCGCCGAGGAUCUGCGACCGCAAUUCGCCAAAUCGAAGGGCGAUCGUCUUAACACCUCCCGGCCUGGUGAUCAAGUGAAUGCAGUCCAAGAACUACAGACUGAGGACGAAUCCGACCUCAGUGAGGGCGAAAUAGAAGAUUCAGAAUUUGGAGACGAUCCUUCCGGUAACUGGACUUUGCGCAAGUGCUCUGCUGCUGCGCUCGAUGUUUUCUCCAACGUCUACCACGGUCCCGUGUUUGAAAUUAUACUGCCUUAUUUAAUGGAAACUUUGCGCCAUGAACAGUGGCCCAACCGCGAGGCAGCUGUUCUCACUUUGGGUGCCGUGGCAGAUGGCUGCAUGGAUGCAGUCACUCCCCACCUUCCACAACUCAUUCCCUAUCUGAUUUCCCUUCUUAACGACGCACAGCCCGUCGUUCGCCAAAUUACAUGCUGGUGUUUGGCCCGAUACUCCGGCUGGGCGGCACAACUCCGCGAGCCCGCCCAGAAAGCACAAUUCUUCGAGCCUAUGAUGGAGGGCAUCCUUCACCGCAUGCUUGAUAAUAACAAGAAGGUCCAAGAAGCUGCUGCGUCAGCUUUCGCUAGCUUGGAAGAGAAGUCAGACGAGAAUCUGGUGCCCUACUGUGAGCCUAUCCUGCGCCAGUUCGUCGCUUGCUUCGGCAAGUACAAAGAUCGUAACAUGUACAUCCUUUAUGAUUGUGUCCAAACUCUUGCCGAAUGUGUUAUGAGCGAGCUAGCUAAGCCAAAUCUGGUCGACAUCUUGAUGCCUGCCUUGAUUGGGCGCUACAACUCAGUCAGUGACGAUUCUCGAGAGCUCUUCCCGCUACUUGAAUGUCUUGGUUAUGUCGCAGCUGCCUACGGUGAUGCCUUUGCGCAAUUCGCGCCUCAUCUUUUCAAUCGAUGCAAGGCAAUCAUCUACGAUAACUUGAAGGCAUCGGUUCAAUCAUCUGGCAACGAUGCCUUUGACGAGCCAGAUAAAGACUUCCUCGUCACUAGUAUUGACCUCCUAAGUGCUAUCAUUCAAGCUAUUGACCCGCAAAAGAGCGGCGAACUUGUUGCAACCUCCAAGCCUCCAUUCUUUGAGCUCCUCUGCUACUGCAUGGAGGAUUCCAAUUACGAAGUUCGCCAGUCGACCUACGCUUUGCUCGGCGACUGUGCUAUCAGUAUCUUCCCGCAUCUAGAGCCCUUCAUUCCUAACAUCAUGCCGAUCCUUAUCAAGCAGCUAGACCUAGAUUUGAUCCGCGAUGACGAUCGCCACACAGGAUUCAGCGUCUUGAACAACGCCUGCUGGUCUUGUGGUGAAAUUGCCGUUCACGAAAAUUCUCCUCUCGCUCCCUACGUUACCCAGCUUUAUCAAGGGCUGAUCACUAUUAUCACGAAUGAGGAGAUUAUCGACUCGGUGAACGAGAACGCUGCGAUGGCGUUGGGACGGCUGGGUUUCUGCUGUGCAGAUCAAAUUGCCCCCAAUUUGGGCGAAUUCUCAGAGCCGUUCUUGAAAUCAAUGGAUAAGAUCGAUUUCACCCGGGAGAAGGCUUCGGCCUUCUUGGGCUUCAAUCAGAUUGUCAUGAAGAACCCUCAGGCGAUGGAGUCGAGCUUGCUCGACUACUUCUCUGCCAUCGCCUCCUUCCCGGCCCGGUCACUGGCCCAAGAAGAAUAUCGGGACAUCCAGAUUUCAUUCCAGCAGGUUCUUCAGGGAUACAAGAAUUUGAUCCCUAACUUUGGCGAUUUCCUCGGCCAGCUGCCCCCUGCUGCGGCCCAAACUCUGCGCACGGUGUACCAGAUCUAA